AUGAGUUGUACAAUAAAUCUUACAUCGUAUAUCUGUGCCGAAAAUAAUACGUUUGAGGUGAUUGAUGCAAAUGAUCGUGCAGUACUUCAGUUUGAAGCUAAAAUAAGUAGUAAUAGAGUUGCAGCGUGGCGUGCCAAACGAAAUGCAAAGGAAAGUGAAGCAUCAAGGCUAAUACGGUUAGAUAAAGAAAGUGAUGCUAGAACUGCAAAAAGAAGAAAGCGUAAUCGACUAACCACAAUAACAAAAGAUUAUAGCUCUUCUAAAGAUAAUGCUGCUAAUAAGAAGAAUGAAACAGGUAAUUACGAAAAGAAUAAACUCGUAAAAAAACCUAUAAACAAAUUAGAUAAUCAAUCAAGACAAAUUAAUAAAUUACAAAAAGUUCGAAGCUUAGAAGAAAUAGGAAAAAAACAUCAAGCAACAUUAUAUUAUGAGGUGUAUGAAAAAGUGGCUAACGGUGGCUCAGAUUGCCAAAGAGAAAAUAAAGAUAUUUUACGAAGAGUUCGAAGUUUAAUCGAAAGUACAACAAAAUUUAAGAGUAAUUCGAAUUAUGAAGCAUUCACUAUGUCAAUUCAACAGUGUAAUCAAAAUUUAGAAAAAGUUGAAGACAGUCGUUUGACAAGAUCAGUAAAGCGACGUUAUAGUGAAACUAAAGAUGAAAAAAUAACUCAAAAAUUACAGAAACGAAAUCAUGGUCAGUUUAAACGUAAAAUGGAAAUACCAUCACCAUCUGAACAAAUAUGGCCAAAAAUAGCGACAACUGAGACAAAACAUCACUGUCUUGUUGAAUUUAAAGAAGCUAUGUCUAAUGAUAUAGUAGAUCGAACUAUAUGCAUGAUAUGUGCAUGCCUUCAUUAUAGACUGAAUAGCAUAGAAAGAAAUAUUGGAAAAAUUCCGAAUCAACAUUUAUUAUAUCCAACUAAUGAAAUGCCUUCCUGCGUUAUUAAAUUAAAUAUUGAUAUUGAUCCAAAUACUGAACAUGUUGAAAUAUCAGAAGAAGUUCGAAAUUGUCUUAUGCAUGCGAAAGAUAGCAGUGUAAUCAUUAACAAAAUGUUGUUAUGCCGAAAGGCUAUUAAUGUAGAAACAGGAUGCGGAAUUAUAUGCAACAAGUGUCAUAAAUAUUUAAUAUCAAAUAAAAUACCACCUUUCGCAUUGAAUAAUUUAAUGUGGAUUGGUGAUGUGCCUGAAGAGCUACAAGACCUUACACUCUCAGAACAAAAAUUGAUUGCUUUAUAUCGUCAUUCAAGCUGUGUGAAUGAACUAUUUUCUAUUUCACGUGAUCCUUCUUCAGCACAAACAGCACUAAAAGGCACUGUUAUAACAUUUCCGCAAAAUGUAUCAGAGAUUGCAAAAUCUCUUCCACUAUCAUCAGAUCAAUUAUCUGAAUUUAUUAAAAUCAUCUUUGUGGGAAGAUCCCUACCAAAGAAAGAUCAACUACGUUCAAUUCUUACCGUACGUAGAGAAAUUAUUCGAAAAGCACUUGUAUGA